AUGUUGCAAGAGCCGAACUUCAAAGAAAAUCAGAAAACUCCCUCUGGAAAUACCCCUCAGGCUGGAAGCUGUGGAGGCCCCGGGGCCGGGCUCCCCACGGACAGGCUGGUGGUGAUGCCGCGGGAGCCAGUGGUGCAGUUUGGGGGUUCGAUAGAGCUGAACUGCUCUCUGGCCUGCGUGGGGGGCAGAGUGCAGUGGAGGGGGCUGGACACCGCCCUGGGGACUAUCACCUCCCUCCCCACCCACAGCAUCCUGCACAUCAGACACGCCACGGUGUCCACGGAGGGCAUGAAGAUCUGCGAGGGCAUCUGCCACGGGCAGCACCACCAGCAAACCGCCAGCCUGAAGGUCUACGCCCUCCCAGACACUCUGCAGCUGGAGGCAGCACCGCACGGACUGCGCCCAGGGCUCUCCACCACCCUGCGCUGCUCGGCCACACGAGUGUACCCCAACACUGGGCUGGUCCUCACCUGGUACCGUGGGCGGGAGGUGCUGGGGACAGACUUCAAUGUCACAGAGGCUGAGGAGGAGCUGUACAACAUUGUGUCCACCCUGCCGCUGGCCGGGACGGAGGUGGCAGCAGGGGUGGAGUUCAGGUGCGAGGUGAUGCUGAGUGUGGGGCCAAAGAACUUCACCCGGGUGGCAUCCAUGGCAGUGAGUGCUGGGG